AUGCCCCAUAUAUACCCGUUGACUCUGACGCUCCUGUGCACAUGCUUCCCACUUCUCUGGCAGAACGACGGCCUGUCUCAGUUCUCACAGACACAGAAUCGGCAGCGCAAGUUGAUCAGGCGCAUGACCCGCUUCAUGUCACGCGCCAGUCCUUCUGCGCUGCAAGACCGCCUGUGCACAUACUUCGAAGGCAUGCGCUAUAAAUGCGACCGUGGCCCCAGCUAUCAGCUCUCUAUAUCACUUCCGAAUGUCGGCAAGAAGAUGCCCCUGCGGUUUGCGGUGAGACUCUAUCCCAUGCCGCUCGGGGUCUAUUUGGUCGAAUUUAGGCUGGCCAAGGGCGAUGGCCUCCAAUUCAAGCGGCUAUUCAAGCAAACGAAAGAGACGCUAACAGAUCUAGUCGCUGCGGACAUUGACUGUGCCAAGACCUGGCUCAAUCCCAUGAUCGACUUAGGCCCGGGCAACUUCGUCCCGAUAUUCAAGAAGAAGUAAUCCCGAUAUCCGAGCAAAAGCCAUCCCGGUAUUCUAGGGAAGUAUUCCCAAUGUUCUAUCAGAUGGAAACCCGGAACUCAAGUAGAAAUGAUUCCUAUAACAAACCCUGCUAGUAUAUGAGAGUCCCAGCUGAUGUGACAAUCUCUUGCCCCACGAGUGUGACCUGCAAUAAUACUUGCCUGUAGUAUCGCUUCAAGUCGAUUGGCUCGCCAGUCGUUCCACCGGUCGACGUCGGCCAUGCAAGGCCUAUAUUCUUCUGACAAGAGAAGCCCACACACCCGACAGGCACCACCUCCUCAAACG